UCGAGGGUGUUUUUCACUCAUAGGUCAUUUACAAUUAUUUAUAUCAUUUCCUAUUUUGAUGUUUAAUUUUAUGCUCUCCUGUCUUUUCAGAAGGCGAUUGUAAUCUUUGAACCCUCACUCACUACUGCAAAGAGCAAAGGAGAAAAGGAGAGAGAGAGAGAGAGAGAGAGAGAGAGAGACGGACUGAGAGACAACAGGGGGUUUACAAGAACUGAAGAAAGCUUUCAAUCAAACAGAAGGAAAACGAUGUCUGAGAACUUGGCACUCUUUCGAUCCCUGCAACUAUAUCAGCGGCGGACUUAGGAAACGACGGAGUUGGAGACGGCAGAGAAAAAAAGAGAUGAUGCUGAAGAAGAAGAAUUUACUACUGAUAUGGAAAUAGUGACACCACCACCACUUUUUCCGACUCACUCCUCUAAUAAUAAUAAUAGAGAGUUAGCCUCAGGCAGUCCUAAUUGUGUGAAUUCUAUGUCCCAAAGCUUCCACCAAGGGAUCUUCAACUUCUCUAAUGGAUUUGAUAGAUCGACUUCGGCACAACACCAACCACAACAUAUCGCACAGCAAAGCCGGAGAGACAAGUUAAGGGUGCAAGGGUUUGAACAACCACCACCGCCGCCAUUGGUGGGUAUUGAAGAGGAAGAAUCCGGUGAUCUUCCCGGUUACGAAACUGGUGGGAUGUUGUCAGAGAUGUUCAAUUUUCCAUCAGGUUCGGCGGUGGUGGCCGCCGACCUUUUGGAUAAUCAGAUCUCUUCAACUUACCAUCUGUCACGGCCGUCACCGGCGGCAUCAGCAACAGCUAACGAUUGGUACGGUCACAGACAAAUAAACAGCAACGACCGUGACAGCAGCAGCAUACCUUCACAACAACAUCAUCAUCAUCAUCAGAUUUCAAGUAUAAAUGCAGAUUCCGCAGCAGCCAUGCAGCUUUUCCUCAUGAAUCCACAACCAAGGUCACCUUCUCCUCCUCCUCCUCCACCACCACCUCCUCAACCCACUUCUUCUUCUACUCCUCUACAUCUUUUACUACCAAACCCAUCCACUACUACUCCUCACGUGCAAGGGUUCCAGUCGUCCGCCGCCGCCUUCGGUAAUACCUCAAUUCCUAACUUGCAAUUCACAUGGGUCCCCGGCAGCAGCAGCGGAGAUAACCAGAACAAACUUGGAGGAGGGCUUGUAGAUAGCCAAGGGCUUUCGUUAUCACUCUCAUCAUCUUUGCAACAAUUCGAAGCGGCGAAAGCUGAGGAAUUAAGAAUGGGAGAAGGUGGAAUGUUGUAUUUCGGAAAUACUGGUUCUACAGCGGCGGCGGCGGCUUCAUACCAAUCAAUGAAGAAUUUGAGAAACCAUCAUCAUCAAGAACCAUUACAUUUGCAAGUUCAGAACCAGACCCAUAAUGGGCAAGUCCAUGUUGGUUUUGGGUCAUCAUCUAUAGGGGUAGUUAAUGUUUUGAGGAAUUCUAAGUACUCAAAACCUGCUAAUGAGCUACUUGAAGAAUUCUGCAGUGUUGGAAGAGGACAAUUCAAGAAUAAGAGACUUUCUACUACCUCAAACCCUAACCCUAAUCAAGGUAAUACCAGUGGUGCUGGUGCUGGUGCUGGUGCUUCUCCUUCUUCUUCCAAGGAUAUUCCUCCUUUAUCUUCUGCUGAUAGAAUUGAAUUCCAAAGAAGGAAGGUCAAGCUCAUAUCCAUGGUUGAUGAGGUUGAUAGGAGAUACAACCAUUAUUGUGAACAAAUGCAAAUGGUAGUAAACUCGUUCGACUCAGUGAUGGGUUUCGGUGCAGCAACUCCUUACACGGUGUUAGCUCAGAAAGCGAUGUCACGCCAUUUCAGAUGCUUAAAAGAUGCCAUUGCAGCACAGUUAAAGCAUACAUGUGAACUUCUAGGAGAGAAAGAUGGUGUAGGAGCUUCUGGAGUUACUAAAGGAGAGACACCAAGACUUAAAAAGCUAGAACAAAGCCUUAGGCAACAACGAGCUUUUCAUCAAAUGGGUAUGAUGGAACAAGAAGCUUGGAGACCUCAGAGAGGUUUGCCUGAACGUUCCGUCAAUAUUCUGAGAGCUUGGCUUUUCGAACAUUUUCUUCAUCCGUACCCGAGCGAUGCAGACAAGCAUUUGUUGGCACGUCAGACUGGUUUAUCAAGAAAUCAGGUAUCAAAUUGGUUCAUUAAUGCAAGGGUUCGGUUGUGGAAACCCAUGGUGGAAGAUAUGUACCAACAAGAGGCUAAGGAAGAAGCAGAAGAAGAGAGAGACAUAAAAAGAGAGAGAAACCAACAAGGCCAAAGCAGCAGCUCUACCCAAACACCAACAGUGACAGCAGCAAUGUCAUUACCAACGACAACAGCAGGAGCAGCAGGAGCAGCAAUGACUACAUCAUCUUCAACAACUACUUCCACAAAUGCAGCAGGCAAAAGAUCCGAAAUCAAUGCCCUUAGGGUUGAUAACGACCCAUCACUGGAUGCAAUCAAUAGACAAUGCUUCUCGGAAAACUAUGCCAACCAGUCUUACUCCUCCACCACCACCUCUCUUCCUACCAUGGCGGCCACCACCACCACCAACUCCAACUCCAUAGCUGCUCAUCACGAAGACUUGUCAACGAUGGCAUUGCCUCAGCGUUUCUCAGCAACCCACUUACGCGACGACACUUGUCGAACACGUGGUGGCAUCUUAGCUCCUAGUACUACUAAUUAUGGGACCACAACUGCCACUCUUAUAAGGUUUGGGACCACUCCCACCACCACCACCACCACAACAGGUGAUGUCUCGCUCACUCUUGGGCUUCGACACGCCGGUAACUUGCCGGAGCAGAACCGGUACUCCGUUAGAGAUUUUGGGGGAUGUUGAAAAAUCUCUUUUUUUGUUCUUCUUAUAAUGUUGGGUAUUUAUAAAUGAAGAAGAAGUAAACUAAAUGUUGAAGAUCUAUUUAAUUUGUAUAGAGAUUGUUUUGUAUACUUUGAUAUAUAGGUUGUUAACUUGUUGAAAAAAUACUUUUUAUAAUUCAUAUUUAGAAGGAAAUAGGAAGAUGCAGUUUU